CCCAGAAGAGGCCCGUCAGACGGGGUGGCAAGCCGCCCCCCGACAGGCCCGUUCGGGCGCUCUUCUGUCUGGCCCUCACAAACCCUCUUAGGAAAAUGUGUAUUAGCGUCGUGGAAUGGAAACCCUUCGAAUGGCUCAUCCUUAUGACGAUAUUUGCGAACUGUGUCGCUCUGGCUGUUUAUACGCCGUAUCCCUAUGGCGACUCCAAUCUGACCAAUCAGUAUUUGGAAAAGAUAGAGUACAUUUUUCUUGUGAUUUUUACGGUGGAGUGCGUGAUGAAGAUUAUAGCUUACGGCUUCGUUGCCCAUCCGGGAGCUUACCUCCGCAACGGCUGGAACUUGCUGGAUUUCACGAUAGUUGUUAUUGGAAUGAUAAGCACGGUGCUGACGAUACUCAUGAAGGAGGGCUUCGACGUCAAGGCCUUAAGGGCGUUUCGCGUUCUGCGUCCUCUUAGGCUGGUUUCCGGUGUUCCAAGUCUUCAGGUGGUCCUAAACUCUAUUUUGAGGGCGAUGGUACCACUUUUGCAUAUUGCUUUAUUAGUUCUCUUCGUCAUCAUUAUUUACGCCAUCAUCGGCCUCGAGCUGUUCUCCGGAAAGAUGCACAAAACAUGCAGACACAAUCUAACUGACGAGGUAAUGGAGGGCCCGGUACCUUGCGGCGGCUCGGAGGGCUUCCAGUGCUCCCGGGUCGGACCCAACUACUAUUGCAGCAAACAGUUCUGGGAGGGCCCUAACUACGGCAUCACGAAUUUUGACAACUUCGGACUGGCCAUGCUGACGGUCUUCCAAUGCGUCACCCUCGAGGGCUGGACGGAUGUACUUUACAAUAUCGAGGAUGCGAUGGGAAGCUCGUGGCAGUGGAUAUACUUCAUUUCGAUGGUCAUUCUCGGGGCUUUCUUCGUGAUGAAUCUAAUUCUCGGUGUGUUGUCCGGUGAGUUCUCUAAGGAGAGAGAGAAGGCGAAGGCGCGUGGCGACUUUCACAAGCUCAGGGAGAAACAGCAGAUCGAGGACGAUCUCAGGGGUUAUCUCGACUGGAUAACGCAGGCCGAGGACAUCGAGCCGGAGACCGACGAACCGAAGCAAGACGGAAAAACUAAGCAACAGAACGAAAUAGAGAGUACGGACCAAUUGGAGGGUGACGAGGAAGGAAUCCAGCAGGAGUCCGUUUGGAAGAAGAAGAAACGGGACUUAGAGAGAGUGAACAGGCGGAUGCGGAGAGCCUGCAGAAAGGCUGUAAAGUCCCAGGUCUUCUAUUGGCUCAUCAUAGUGCUGGUUUUCUUGAAUACCGGCGUUCUCGCCACGGAGCAUUACAAUCAGCCGCACUGGUUGGACGACUUUCAAGAGAUCACGAACAUGUUCUUCAUCGUGCUGUUCUCCAUGGAGAUGAUGUUAAAAAUGUACAGUUUAGGCUUUCAGGGUUACUUCGUUUCGUUGUUUAAUCGUUUCGAUUGCUUCGUCGUGAUCGGCUCGAUCACCGAAAUGAUACUUACAAAUACACAUGUGAUGCCGCCUCUUGGCGUUUCCGUACUCCGUUGCGUCCGGCUGCUCAGGGUAUUCAAAGUAACAAAAUAUUGGAGAUCACUGUCGAAUUUAGUGGCCUCUUUACUGAACUCGAUACAAUCGAUCGCUUCACUGUUGCUCCUACUGUUUCUCUUCAUCGUCAUCUUUGCUCUUCUGGGCAUGCAGGUCUUCGGUGGACGAUUCAAUUUCAGCGACGAGGAAGAAAAAACACGUCACAAUUUCGACAGCUUUUGGCAAAGUUUGCUCACCGUGUUUCAGAUAUUAACUGGUGAGGAUUGGAAUGCCGUAAUGUACGUCGGAAUUCGAGCUUACGGCGGCGUCGCCAGCAUCGGCGUCCUCGCCUGUGUUUAUUUCAUUAUUCUCUUCAUUUGCGGUAAUUAUAUCCUCUUGAACGUGUUCUUGGCUAUCGCCGUCGACAAUCUUGCUGAUGCCGAGUCCUUAACUGCCAUCGAGAAAGAAGCCGAGGAGGAGGCGGAGAAAAAUAAAUCCCGCAGUGGUUCGCCGGUAAGGGACGAAGUCAGCGGCGAGGCCGGCGAUGAUGGUGGCGAGGGGACUGGGGGAGAGGACGAAGGAGCUGGGACAGAUCUCGAACAUGACCCUAACGAGACAAUGGAGGACUACGAAGCCGCACUCGAUACCGAAACAUCGGAAAAAAGCGAGGAUAUGAAUACGCACAAAGUGCGACUCAACGUCGAGUCCGACGAAGAAGUGGAGGAAGAGGAAGAGGAGGAAGGCGAACAAGAAGAAAUGCAAGAUGAAGGACAAGAAGUGACGGCUCGGCCGCGAAGGAUGUCCGAAUACAACGCGGCUGCUAAAAAGGAACCGAUUCCGGCCGGUUCGGCUUUCUUCAUUUUCUCAAGCACUAAUAGGUUUCGCGUGUUCUGUCAUUGGUGCUGUAAUCACAGUUACUUCAGCAACGUGAUACUGGUCUGCAUUAUGAUAUCCUCUGCUAUGUUGGCUGCCGAGGAUCCAUUGAAAGCCACAUCAUACAGAAAUCAGAUAUUGACCUACUUCGACUAUUUCUUCACUACUGUCUUCACAAUUGAAAUCUGUCUUAAAGUGGUUUCAUACGGUUUCAUCUUUCACGACGGCGCGUUCUGUAGGUCGGCUUUCAAUCUGCUCGAUCUUCUCGUCGUUUGCGCUUCACUCAUUUCCGCGACUGUCAGCUCUGGUGCAUUCUCUUUCAUCAAAGUGCUCCGAGUACUUCGCGUACUGAGGCCGCUACGUGCCAUCAAUCGCGCCAAGGGACUAAAGCACGUAGUACAGUGCGUCAUCGUAGCGGUAAAGACUAUCGGAAACAUAGUCCUCGUCACCAGCCUCCUGCAGUUCGUGUUCGCCGUCAUUGGCGUACAGCUCUUCAAGGGCAAGUUUUUCUAUUGUACCGAUGCAUCGAAAAUGACGCAGAAUGCGUGCCAGGGUACUUACUUGGAAUUUGAAAACGGUAACAUCGAUAGACCCAUCGUGAAACAGAGAGAGUGGCUUCAGUGGCGAUUUCAUUUCGAUGAUGUCGCUAAAGCGAUGUUGACCCUCUUCACAGUCUCGACUUUCGAAGGUUGGCCAUCAUUAUUAGAAUGGUCGAUCGACUCCAACGAAGAGGAUCAUGGACCAAUUCAUAAUUUUCGGCCGAUAGUGGCCGCUUACUACAUCAUUUACAUCAUCAUCAUCGCAUUCUUCAUGGUGAACAUCUUCGUCGGUUUCGUUAUCGUCACCUUUCAGAACGAGGGUGAGCAAGAGUACAAAAACUGUGAGCUCGAUAAAAAUCAGCGAAAUUGUAUCGAGUUCGCGUUGAAGGCUAAACCGGUGCGCCGAUACAUACCGAAGCAUCGAAUACAGUACAAAGUUUGGUGGUUCGUCACCUCUCAACCGUUCGAGUACACGAUAUUCACGCUGAUUAUGAUCAACACCGUGACGCUCGCGAUGAAGUUCUACCGGCAACCGGAAAUAUACACGAGCGCCUUGGAUGUUCUCAAUAUGAUAUUCACCGCUGUUUUCGCCCUCGAGUUCGUGUUCAAGCUGGCUGCAUUUCGAUUUAAGAAUUACUUCGGCGAUGCGUGGAACGUCUUCGACUUUAUUAUCGUGCUCGGAAGUUUUAUCGAUAUCGUUUACUCGGAAGUUAACGUAAGUAUUCGUUGCGCUUGACUUUGAUCGAGCACCCGAAGCAAUAUUCGCGAUUAUAUUUAACGAGUAACAAGCGAAAUCGGUAAAACUGUUUCACGAUUCUUGUAGCCUGGUCAGUCCACUAUCAUUUCCAUCAACUUCUUCAGGCUGUUUCGCGUAAUGCGAUUGGUCAAGCUUCUGAGCAGAGGAGAGGGCAUCCGGACGCUUUUGUGGACGUUUAUUAAGUCCUUUCAAGCUCUGCCCUACGUCGCUCUUCUCAUUAUUAUGCUCUUUUUUAUUUAUGCUGUGAUAGGCAUGCAGGUCUUCGGAAAGAUCGCGAUAGACGACGACACGUCGAUAAAUCGCAAUAAUAAUUUCCAGUCCUUUCCGCAAGCUGUGUUGGUAUUAUUUAGGUCGGCGACAGGCGAAGCGUGGCAAGAAAUCAUGAUGGCUUGUUCAUCGAAUCCAGGCAUAGUUAAAUGUGACUCUAACAGCGACGAAAUCAAUAAUCCGGUCGGCUGCGGAUCGGAUAUUGCAUUUCCCUACUUCAUAUCUUUCUACGUGCUCUGUUCAUUUCUUAUCAUCAAUCUUUUUGUCGCCGUUAUCAUGGACAACUUCGACUACCUGACGAGAGAUUGGUCAAUUCUCGGGCCGCACCACUUAGACGAGUUUAUUCGCCUGUGGUCCGAAUACGAUCCCGACGCUAAGGGACGUAUUAAACAUCUCGACGUAGUAACGCUGCUGAGAAAAAUAUCACCACCCUUAGGUUUCGGAAAAUUGUGUCCCCAUAGAGUAGCUUGCAAGAGACUCGUCUCGAUGAAUAUGCCGUUGAACAGCGACGGCACCGUGUUGUUCAACGCGACAUUGUUUGCCGUUGUGAGAACAUCGUUGAGGAUCAAAACAGAAGGUAACAUUGACGACGCAAAUUCCGAGCUCAGAGCGGUAAUCAAGAAGAUCUGGAAGAGAACCAGUCCGAAACUUCUGGAUCAAGUCGUUCCACCGCCCGGAGUGGAUGAUGAGGUGACGGUUGGCAAAUUUUACGCGACUUUUCUCAUCCAGGACUAUUUUCGUCGAUUUAAAAAACGCAAGGAACAAGAAAUGAAGGAUGGUGAUAGAGAUUGUCACAAUACUGUGACUCUUCAGGCCGGAUUGAGAACGUUACACGAAGCUGGCCCUGAAUUGAAACGCGCGAUUUCCGGCAACUUGGAAGAACUCUUAGACGACAAUCCGGAACCCAUGCACAGGAGAAACCACUCGCUGUUUGGUAGCGUGUGGUCCAGCAUGCGAAAAGGACAUCAUAAUUUUCAUAGAGCGAGAUCGCUAAAGGUUAACUCCGCCGCUGCAAAGGCUUCCCCGACUAAUUCCAUAGACUUUCUACCUUACGCCUCGUUACGGAGGCCUGGUGGCCGUCUGGAUGUUGCUAAUCAAAUCACUCACCAAGUUGUGCCAAAUGUAGCGGGUGGUCUGAGCGAUGGCGCGAUGAACCAAUUGGGAACAGAUCCGCGAUUGACGGGUGUCGAAGAGAGCAUACCUCUGAGACCGCUCGCUGCCUUUGGCAACCCGUUGCAGCAGCCUUAUCAGAGCACGUACAAAGUGGUCGAUGGAUCGGGUAGCGGUAACUAUCUCCAUCCCAAUAGCGAAUAUGUCUUCAAGACGGAAUCGAGCAGCAGUUGACGCCACCCACGCCUCCGCCGCGACGG